AAGGGGCCGCGCCUCGCGAGCACCCCGACCCAGACCCCAGUACCCGAGCCACGGGGGCCCUCUCGUGCCGAACAGCGAGCGGGAACCACACGGCACAGCCCAGCCCCCGCACCCCUGUUGUACACGAGGCUCGCUCUUCCAUUGACGCGCGCACACAAACACUGAGACGGACGGACACAGGCGCGCCUGCCCGCCUGCCCGCCCGCCCGCCCGCCUGCGAACUCUGCCGUCGUUGGUCUGUCACACGUCACAAUGACGGAGGUGUUCGAGUGCAGUUCAGCCGACCCGCGGCCGGACUUUAUGAAGAGGGACGCCGACGUGUACGGACUGAGCCACCACCACCACCAACACCACCAACACCUUCACCAGCAGCAGCAGCAGCAUCAUCAUCACCCGCAGCACCACAGCCAUCACCAUCAUCACCCGCAGGCGCAGUCUUCGCCCACGUUGCCCGAGUCGUCUUCCACCGACUCCGGCUGCUACUACCACCCGUCUCCUUCGAGCGCCUACCAGGCGUACGGACCCUACUGCCCGCCCGCCGUCGCCGCCUACAACCAGACCCCGCUGAGCCCCUACGCGUACCACCAGCUGGGGCGCGGCGCGGAUGCUCUUCACGCGGGCUACGGCGCUGCCAAGGCGUUCCCCGGACAGCGCGGCUACGGAGCCGCGGGCUACGGCCCCGGCGCCACGGGAGGAGCGGCCACGGGAGGGGGCAACGCCUACGAGGGCUUCACGCACGACGCGGCUGGGAAGGCCAGCGAGGAUGAUGAAGCGGCGGACAAAGACGACGACGAGGAGGAGGAGGAGGAGUCGAGGCAGAGUGGAGUGCGCAUGGUGAACGGGAAACCAAAGAAGAUCCGCAAGCCGCGCACCAUCUACUCGAGCUUCCAGCUCGCCGCGCUGCAGCGCCGCUUCCAGCAGACGCAGUACCUGGCGCUGCCCGAACGCGCCGAGCUCGCCGCCUCCCUGGGACUCACGCAGACUCAGGUGAAGAUCUGGUUCCAGAACCGGCGCUCCAAGUUCAAGAAGCUGGGCAAGAACGGCGAGAUGGCGCCUGCACAAGCCAGCCCGAGCAGCAGCGACCCGAUGGCCUGCAACUCCCCCGCAUCUCCGGGCCGGCAACACCAGCAGCUCGGCUCUGCCGCCCCACUCCUGCACGGAGUGACAGCGCCCUGGGAGUCACCCUUGAGCCCCGCUGGGGGUCUAGGGGUCCCAUCGGCCGCACUGCAAGCCCCGCACCACCUCCCGCAGCACCCCUACUCGCCCGUGCCGCCCUGGUACCUGCAGCACCAGCAGCACCAGCAGCACCAGCAGCAGCAGCAGCAACAGCAGCAGCAACAGCAGCAGCAGAGCGGAGGUCCCACCGCGUUCAGGCACAGUCCGCCGUCACUGCUGGCGCUAGCGCAGCCGAAUGUAAGUGGCGCCACUUCGGCAGUGUACUAACUUAACGAACGCGGUGUUCCAACGCACACGUGCGUAACGCACGCACACGUGCACACACACAUAGACGCGUGCGUGCACACGAGGCUGGGUGCAGCAUGGGGCUGUGUGUUAGCACCCGCGGUGCUUGCGUGGUGAACUCUCCUAUCCCGAGCGCCCCCCCCCCCCGCAUGAACCCCCCCCCCCACACACACACUUGUCCCACGCGGCAGAUGAACAACCAUUGCGUCGACAGGACUUCCCCGUUCAUAGUUCGCGAGCGAGUGGAUUAAUGAGUCCGUCUUGGUUAUAGCGUUGCUAGCCUCAGGGAAAGGGAUGUUAUACAACGAGCCCACUCCUGCACGUAGAUACGACUCGCCGCUAAGGGGUGGCGACGUCACCGCCGUGCUCGCCGCACCAGGCUAGGUGCACGUUGGGGGUCAAGUGCGUCAAGAGGCAGAGGGUCAUAGGCCAGACCCAGAUGUUACGGGAUGACUGACUGAGGUUAAUGGCAGAGGCAUCGUCAUCAUCGCAUGCACCGCCUGUUGCAUCGCUCCUAGCUCACACGCACAUACGUACUCAAAGCAAAGAUUCCACGUUAAGGUGUUUUAACAGACUGUGGGAGCGCACACACACAGACACGCGGGCUACGCGGAGCUCCUGUCAAAGACGCAUGGAGCCUCAUUUGUACGAUGAUCCAGCAGUGCCUUUUUUGGGUUGUACAUGGAAUUUCUAACUUAAUCGGCGUGUACUCGCAUCGUUUGUAAAAUACAAGAAUGUACAUAGAGAGCAAUUGUUGAGAUUGAACGAGGGGGAGAACUAAUGUCAACACUUUGCGCAUCACGAUGUUUUGCAUGUAACUUAUUGAUUCCCUUUUAAGUGCCGCCGCGAUAUGAUUUUGUUACGGAACUCGCCGAUUCAUUUUGGUUUGUUUGUUGCGAAGCGGCGUCCCGUCACUUCGGUUACGAUGUACAUAGCUGCUGCUGCCGAUGAAGCAACAUCCUAUCGAUGUACUUACAGACUGCACCAUUUACGAAUCGAUGCAUUAAUAAAGAAACGUGCUCUCUUUAAAUCAUGUCAGCUGGUAUUUUUCUCCUUCUGCUGCAUACCGCCUCUUGUAUCCACGCUGCGAUAUAGUGUACCGUACACACGUACCUACGUGGAUGACCGCAGAGCUUGGGCAGUUGCUAGAGCCAACUUAACGCGUGGCUGCAACGCGCCCCGUCAGCCGCUGCGAGAGAGAUAAAAUUACUAUUAUGAUGCAGUAUACGUAUACUGUAUAUGUGCGCGUAGUUACUACACGCGCGGUGGUGAGCACGCGGCACUGUGAAGCCGACCAUCUAGGUUUGAUUCCCGGCCACGGUUAACAUCAGUGGCUCGUGCUAUCUGAACCGGUUCUAAUUUGGCGUAGUGCUAGCCACGCCAGGAACCCCCGUGCUGUCAUACGCAAAUCUUAAUGGGUGCUCGCUCGCGUAAUUACCCCGUAGCGCAAACCGUCACGAGGGAGGUCCUCAUCCCACCGCCGUGAAUUGACUGACGAAGGAGCUGACAUGAAUACAAUUCGUUCUUUCGUAUGUUCGCACAACUCGCGUGACAUCCAUGCACUCAUCAACGUUGGUUAUUACGAUUAUUAAUUAUGACUACAAAAUGAGAGGGGGGGGGGGGUGGUUACUCCGUCUCUAGACGGCCAAUAUUUUUUUUAUUAUCACAAUUAACUUUUGGGGAUAGUUUAUAUAUAAAUAUUUUACAACAACAACAAAAAACUCAUCUCACGCGGUGUACAAUUCCAGUCCUGCCUGACGUCAAUGGAGCGCACUUGCGCGCAUCGCACGUAACGCGGCGAUGAUGGUGCUGGAACGUCGUGUACAGCUCACACCACGCGCGGCACAGCGCACGCACGGACCGAGAGCACGGAGCGCGUACCGGCAUCACGUGGCAACUCGUCCGGAAAAUCUGUUGCUAAUUUUCGGGCGCUUUGAAGUGCUGCCCAGAGUCAUGUGUUUAGAGAAAAAAACGACCGAGUCAAAACAUAUAUAUAAAUAUAUCUACGGGGCUAUAGAAGCACGCGCCGUGCCACGGACGGGGACGGGCAGAACGCGAGGCGGCGGCGGUGGCGGCGGUGACAGCGUCGCUCCACGUGCUGUCGGCGAAUUCGCCCAAUUCUUCCCUUGUCCCGCAAACGUCUCUUCUCUUGGCGAACACGCGACCGAGUGUUCGCAGCUGCCGCUCCCCUGGGUCCCGAGCAACACGGGCAACCGCCCUUCGCACAUCCGACGGGGAAGUUGUCAACGAGCAAAAAAAACCCACCUGGUGAAGAUCAUACGCCGACCAUCAUAACCCUUCACAGCUACAACGAAUAUCCCCGACGUCCACCUAUACCGGACGGUUACCGCACGGUUCCCAUAAUCACAACACCCAACGUGGCGUUGGACUGCUUGGCAGAGACCAGGAGGAAUGGAGGGGUAUUUCAGCACCUAGUCCAGUUCAUUAUCGCGGAUCGUACGGUCAAAGUCUGUCCACGUGCAGGCUCCAACACUGCCACGUCGCCAAUGGGCUCUGCUGGACAGGUUCCCGACACAGAGCAACGCCUAUGUGCGGACAACCUCCACCGUUGAUGCCUUCAUGACGAUCUCCAGACUUGCAGUUGUGGCUUUGUAAAAAAAAAAACACAACGUGGCGUAUCGUUAAUGAUCGCCCUCUAAUUAGGUUCACCGGAGGGCUACCGAGAGCGACACGCAGCCAGCGAGGACGCGACCGCGUGGCUCGGCGAUUACGCACGUGCUGGGAUGAAUCUGCCAUUGAUAAUUAUUCGCUCGAUCUGCAUGGUUGAAGGGUCUCUGCUGAAGAACUCGCCUAUUAUUUCUGAUCGUACGUGCAACAAAGAAGGGCCAUUGACCGAAACUUCCACUUAUCAUCAUUGUCAUUUUUUUUCAUCUUUAAGGCCUCAGUGGUUUUUUUUACGGUGUUGUGUUUUCAGUAAUUUUAUUAUUUCUACUGUCGCAGCAGAAGAUGGUAUUGAAACGGCAACCUUUGGAUUGCCAGUACAGCGCGCUCACCACUACACAGCAGCUCCUCCGAAAAUAACGUUUAUACACAUAAUGUGUAAUGUUUUACAUAAUUAAAUUCGGUGCCACAUAUAAAUAAACUACGUUUUAUUCACUCGACAUAUUGUCUUUCCAAACCAAUAUCAUCCGUUAUUUUGUUUUGGUCUCGUUGCUGUGAAGCAUUAUAGGUGAAGAAUACAUGAGAACGGAGGUUUGCUUUGGAGGAUACGAACAUUUAAUACAUGUUGCUUACUCUCUGUACCACUAAGCGCGGUGUCUCUAAAUUGAUCACCGUACGUAUGUAUGUUGCAUAUCUUUCGCACCGUACGUAGCCAAACCGCGAUAAUCUGAGGUGCGGGUGGAAUGCCAAAACAAACUAAACGU